AUGAAGAGAUCUUCGGGCCUUUACUUGGUCUGUCUGUAUGUCUUCGAUACUGAGGACGAAGUUGUUCGACUUGCCAACAAAACAAGCAUGGGCCUGACAUCAUACUUCUUCACAAGCGACGUGGAUAGGAUGUGGAGGCUACUGGAGAACCUCGAGGCUGGCAUGGUUGGCAUGAAUUCUGGUAAUUCUUCGUGUGCCGAAUCUCCCUUUGGGGGGGUCAAGGAGUCGGGGUAUGGUAAAGAAGCGGGAAAAGACGAGUCAAUAGAGGAGUACCUGAUCUCAAAGACGGGAACUCUGACACUGAAGCUGAAUGCGAACCUUUAG